AUGCCCGCGAGCGCGGCGCGGAAGCGCUCGAGACGCACCGUCGAUCGCGCGCGUCCGAACGAUCGCGUCGCGAAAGCGCGCGCCCACGCGCCCACGCGCGGCGAGGACGCGAGCGAUUCGAGCGAUGACGAACGCGAGGGGGCGGCGGCGGCGGUCGCCGGAACGUCGGCGUACGACGCGCUCUUGGCCUCGCUCGGGACGCGUGGGGUAGACGCGCACGCGAGCGAUGAGAGCGAGAGCGAGCGCGAGAGCGAGAGCGAGGAGGAUGGGAGCGAGGAGGAUGGGAGCGAGGAUGCGGAUGCGAGCGACGACGGUGCGGACGGCGCGGACGACGCGGAGGUCGACGCGACGGAAUCCGACGAUGAAAGGAGCGUCGAGGAAGAGGGAGAGGACGAAGAGAACGACGAUGGAGGGACGGAUGAAGACGCGGGCGAGAGUGGCGAUGAAAAUCAGGAUGCGUCGGCGAUGGAACGACACGCGCGUCUGGGCGAAGCGCUCCGAGCGCGCGACGCGGAGGAGUUGAAGACGAGGAAAAUCGUUUGGCGGGGCGAAUCGGGCGCGGGCGCGUCGACGUCUGGGUCACGCGACGACGUGUGGGAGGGGGCGUGCGGGUUGGAGGUACCGAAAGCGAUGGAGAAACCGAAUUUCGUAAACGCGAAGACGGCGGAGCGAUGGAAGGAAGCGACCGGAAAAGCGGGAUUCGCGAGCGCGUCGCAAGCGGCGCUGUACUCGGUCUUGGCGUCUUACGUGGAUGUGCAACACGGUAAUAGAAAACUCGUUCCCGACCAAGGUCCGGCGGGGCAACAGAUGAACGAUGAGACGCUGGACGCGGUGUGUCUGCACGUUAUCGAUCACGUGACGCGGACGAGAAAUCGCGUGAUGAAGAACAACGAGGGGCUCGCCAAGAAGGCCAAGGCUGGGAUCAAGGUUGUCGAGGACGAUCUUCCGCGCGAUCAAGGGUUCGUGCGGCCGACUGUGUUGUUCCUGACGCCGAUGCGAAACAUCGCGGGUCGGGCGAUUAUGCGUUUGCUCGAUUUGUGUCCCGCAGCGCACGGACGAAACGACGCGGUGAAUAAGCUCGAGCGGAUCGAGGAAGACUUUUUAGCCUACGAAGCAAGCGAUGACGAAAAUGACGAGGUGGCGGGUAAGAAGCGCAAGUUUAAGCCAUUCGUUCCGGAGGAUCACACCGCGCUCUUCAAGGGAAAUACGGACGACCACUUUCGGCUCGGCUUGAAGCUCACAAAAGCGAGCGUGCGUCUGUACGUCGAUUUCUUCGGCGCGGACAUCAUCUUUGCCUCGCCACUCGGUAUCGUCACCGCGCUCCAGGAUGAGAAAACGGCCGGGGAUUUCCUGAGCUCGAUCGAGAUUCUAGUUAUCGAUCACGCGCACGUCAUUCAGAUGCAAAACUGGGCGCACGUCGUGACCAUUCUGGACGCCAUGAACCAGCUCCCGAAAGACAUGCGUGAUUGCGACGUUCAGCGCGUGCGCGAGUCACACUUGAAUGGAUUCGCCCGCAACGUCCGGCAGACGAUCCUUUUGUCGGCGUUUCAGACACCGGAGAUUAACUCGCUCUUCAAUCGUCGAUGCGUAAAUUUCGCGGGCAAGGUUCGGUUGCGCACGACGUACAAGGGCGUUUUGGGACAGCUCACGCUGAAGACACGGCAGCAGUUUGAGCGAAUUCCGAUGAAAUCUUCGGAUGUGGUGAACGCAGAUGACAUUCGUUUCAAGUACUUCGUGAAGAAUGUGCUCCCUCGCGUUCGAGAGAAUCCCGAGCCGGGCGUCGUCAUCUUCGUCAGCUCGUACUUUGAUUUCGUUCGCGUUCGCAACUUGCUCACCAAGGAGGACGUUUCAUUCGCGGUGAACAGCGAGUACACCGAGCCUCGAGAGGCUGCGCGCGCGCGCACGCUCUUCGCCGACGGUCGAAAGCGUGUUUUGCUCCUCAGCGAGAGAGCGCACUUUUACUUUCGCCGCCGCAUCAAGGGCGCGAGAGAAAUUUGUUUCUACUCCCUCCCGGAGCACGCGCACUUCUACCCCGAGCUCGUGUCGUAUCUCGCCGGUUCAUCCGCCGCGGUGUCCAGCGCGUCCAACCCGGCGGUGGGCCACGCCGCCGGAGUAGUCGCCCUCUUCUCCAAACUCGACGCCCUCAAGCUCGAGCGCGUCGUCGGCGCCGCGCGACGCGCGAAAAUGAUCGGCUCCAAGGAGCGUCCCAUGUUCCUCUUCAUCUAG